GGGGGUGUGGUGGGGGGCGUGGGUGGUCCCCUCCCGCGUCGACCCGCUGGCAGCCUGUCCCCCAGACCCUGGCAGCCCGGCGAGGAGGACGCGACGCGAUCGGAUCCCGUCCCUGAGAAAGAAACAGUCCCCACAGAAGAAUUCAGGACGUUUCUGAUGGUCAAUAUCUGAGUAGCUACGAAAGAAUGUGACUCUUCUUCAGCUAGAGGACUCUUCUUUGGUGGGAAGGAUAGAAUAUCCUGAGGACCUCUGCUGUAUGGGCAGGCUGGCAUAGGUGAUGAACCAGGUAGAUCCAGAUUUGUUCCUUUCUAGAUUCCUGUCGAGAUCUGUAGGUAGCUGUUCACUUGGAAGUUAAUUAAGAAUAAGAAGGAGAACGAAAAUUAUUCAUUUGGAUCCAAGGUCUGCCUGUGAGUCAGCUAUAGGGCUUAUCGACACUGGAAGCAAGAAAGGAGGAAAAAAUUGUGCCGGAUCAGUGCAGGUCCAUUUCCAGGGUUGGCUGUGGUAGCUUUGGAUUGACAGAAGACCAUCACCUUCAACAGCACUUGGGAACCAUCAUCCUCCCCAGCGUGAGCCUGCCUCUGCCCUCUGUCCAUAUCAUUCACAGAGACAGUGUGUUUGGAAAGGGGACUGUAUAACUACUGUACUGACAAUUGACUCUAACUCUUGCUACCAAAUUUAUCCCUGACCCAGUGGAAGAAGAUUAAGAUAUCAACCUGGGGCAUAUUUGACAACCAAGGCCAAGACUGGACAGGGCCAUAUAACUGGGCUUCAACCAUGACCGGGGCUAAGAAUAAGACUAAAGCCAAGACCAAAACUGAAAAAAAGGCUGGUGUACAGGCUAAAGCUGGAACAGAGAAGGAGGCUACGCCUGUAGUCAGGCCUGUAGCCAAGACCCGGGUCAAAGCAAAAUCUAAGGCAGGGUCUAAGACAGAGGCAGUGACAGAGAUGAAGGCAGUGCCUAAGAACAAGGUCGCUGCUGAGGUAAAGGGAGGAGCCCUGUCAGAGCCUAAGACUGUGGUCAAAGCCAUGGCAGAUGUCAGUCUCAAGGCUGAGAAUGAGGCUACCAGCUCCACAUGUAAAACUGAGGUUUGUAUUGAUGCCUGGUUCUGGACUGGGGAAGAGGCCAGUAUCAAUUCCUGGUUCUGGAAGGGAGAAGAGGCUGCUAAUCGUUCCAGUGCUAAGAGUGAAAAUAAAGGCAAUUCUGUUGCCCAGGUCUGUGCAGGAGAGUUGGAACCUGUACCUGGGCCCAGCUAUAAGUCUAGGUCAGGGGCUGAGGAGGAGGAGGAAGAAAACGUUAUUGGGAACUGGUUUUGGGAAGGAGAUGAUACCAGUUUUGACCUUAAUCCUCAACCUGUCUACAGGAUAGUUAGGCCUCAGCCUGUGGAUGAAAUUAAUGAAAAAAAUAGGCCCAAGGACUGGUCUGAGGUAACUAUCUGGCCCAAUGCCCCUGCUGUAAUUCCAGCAGUAUUAGGAUAUAGAUCCCAGGUCCCAUCUGAGACAAAGCCUCCUUCAUAUAUUGUUCUGGCCUCAGCUGAGGAAAAUGCUCAUUCUUUGCCUGAACCUACAGCUUGCUCUUCCAGGAGCACUAACUUAUCCGCACAGCCUACCCCUGAGUGCCCAUUUGGUUCUGACCCUUGCAUCCAGACCAUAGAUGAGAUUAGACGCCAAAUCAAGAUCAGGGAGGCAAAUGGGAUUAAGCCAUUUGCUUGUCCUUGCAAAAUGGAAUGCUACAUGGAUUCUCAGCAAUUUGAAAAACUUGUUGGCAUACUUGAGUCAACUACUGAUCCUCUCAUUCAUAAAGUAGCACAGAUUGCAAUGGGUAUCCAUAAGGUUCAUCCAUUUGCCCAAGAAUUUAUUAAUGAAGUUGGUGUAGUGACACUUAUUGAAAGCUUGCUCAGUUUUCCUUCCCCUGACGUGAGAAAAAAGACUGUAAUUACUCUGAAUCCUCCUUCUGAGGAUGAAAGACAGCGCAAGCUUGAAUUACAUGUUAAGCAUAUGUGUAAGGAAACCAUGUCUUUUCCCUUGAACUCACCUGGACAGCAGUCUGGAUUAAAGAUACUAGGGCAACUGACUACUGAUUCUGUCCAUCACCACAUUGUUGCCAAUCACUUUUCAGAGCUUUUCAAUUUGCUUUCCAUUGGAAAUCGUAAAACCAGAAAUCUUGUUUUGAAAUUACUUGUGAAUUUGUCUGAAAAUCCAACUGCGGCCAGAGAUAUGAUCAAUAUGGAGGGAUUGACAGCAUUAAAACUCAUCUUUAACCAGCAAGAAGCGAAAGCCAAUCUUGUUAGUGCUGUGGCCAUAUUUAUUAACAUAAAGGAGCAUAUCAGAAGGGGCUCAAUUGUAGUUGUCGAUCACUUGAGUUAUAAUACACUCAUGGCCAUUUUCCGAGAAGUUAAAGGGAUUAUCGAAGCAAUGUAAAAUGAUCCAGAGAUAAAAGAGAACAUUUUGAACCAUCUCCAGACUUGUAGCAAGCUGUACAUUCCCAAAGAGCCUUGUGUUAUGUUUUGGCUAUAACAGUGUACACAUCAUACAUUAUAUCUUUAACAUGAUAUUACCUGAGACAAACAAGGUUUGAACUAGACCAUUUUUGGGGUAUCAAAUAAAUAUUGCAUCUUGAGCUGAAAACAGUUGAUUUUUAUCUUGUCUAGGUAGGCAAAUUGUUAACAUUUUACUUGAGAAAAUCGUGAACCAUUUAUCAUAAGUAAGCAAAUUUGUUCACUAGUAUCUGCUUAGAUCCAUUUGUGGCUACAAAUGACAAAAAAGAAAAUAUCUUUGAAUUAAGGCAUAUAUACACAAAGGUAACUAACAGUACCUAGAGUAUAUAUGUGUGUGUGUGAGUGAUACAUACUCAUUGCCAAAUGUGCCCUCUCAGUACAUAAAGGAGGCAGGGGUUGCUGUAGGCUGUUUAAGAGGAAUUACUAUUUUUCCCCUAUUCCAGCCAUAUCAGACACUCAUUCUACAAAACAGAAAUGACCCAGAAUCUCAGACAAAAUGUACUGUUUGUUCCUUUUUUAUUUAGCUUCUAUGUUUGUAAUUCUUAAAUUGUUAGGCUAUUUCAUUUGCACCAAAGUCAUUUCACAGAGGAGAAGGGAGGAAACAUUUUGUGAGUGCCUGUUCUGUUUCAAGACACUUUGUUGGCACUAUAUUUUACAAGUUUUUUUUUUCUUCUUCUCACAGCAGGCAGUUGACAUAGCUAUUUUAUCUGACACCAGAGCCAGUCUCACCACACUCCCUCACUUUUUUAGUUGGUGGCCUUCAAAGCUCAAAGCUCAUAGACUGGUUUUAAUGGUUUAACUUUGUGGUGGAUGAUGUCCCUGCCUGGUGUUGCGUUUAUUACCUUCCUCAAAAUGCAUGUGUCUAUUAAGCAUUUGAGUAUACCUAGCUGGAGGUCAGGAGAAAAGUCUGAAAGAAUAUAUGAAUUUUAUCUGGCAGUGUCUGGGACAUAGUAGGUGCCCAAAACGUUGUUCAAUGAAUAAGAUGUAGAUUUGGAGUCAUCAGCAAGUGAAAUUUGUUAUAUAUCUGUCCUAUCCAUUUGUACUUUUUUUCAAAGAGCAAGAAUCAUUCUGUACAUUGUUUCAUACCCUGCAUUUAGAAAGGUAAUUGCUUUAUUCCUCCUCGUAAAAGCAUACCUUAAUAUUUUUUAACAUGUAUGAUUUAUUCUCCUGUGUGUCAUAGGAAAAGCCAAAGGGCUUUAUCUUUUAUUAGUAGGCAAGCCUGGACAUUUCUGCAGUUGUACCAGCUAAAACUGUGUGAAAUAAACUUAACUAGAGAAAUUUAGACCCAGAACUCCAGUUUCAACAACACAAAACAGGAAAGCUAAGAGAGAGGCUGCUGUCUCAACCUACAAGAUAGUAGUUUCUGAAAGUCUGUAUGGUCCAGAAAUCAUCCCCAGGACCUUUGGGCUAUGUCUGAGUUCUCUAAGACUCAUGGUAGGAAUUAUAGCCCCUGGUUUGAGCUGAAGAGAAAGUCUCUUAUGUGUGAAAAUAUGGCAUUAUAUGCUUUGAUAUUUUCAGAAAGUUAAGAAACUAAACAAGAUCAUUCUGUAAAUAUGUUUGUAACUUGCUCCCCCCUCCACUAACUUUAUUGUGAACAUCUUUCGAUGUUAAUAAAUAUGCCUCUGUAAUGUAUUUUUGAAUCACUUAAAUGUUUUUCCUGUGUUAA